CAUACUGGUGUGAACCAACUCGGAGGUGUUUUCGUGAAUGGUCGACCACUACCUGAUUCUACCAGGCAAAAAAUAGUCGAUUUAGCUCAUCAGGGUGCUCGUCCAUGUGAUAUUUCUAGAAUUCUUCAAGUUUCCAAUGGGUGCGUGUCAAAAAUUUUAUGCCGAUAUUACGAGUCAGGAACAAUUAGACCAAGAGCAAUUGGUGGAUCAAAGCCUAGAGUUGCUACUGUUAAUGUCUGUGAUAAAAUAGAAAGUUAUAAGCGUGAACAGCCAUCGAUAUUUGCUUGGGAGAUCCGUGAUAAAUUAUUAAACGAGAAAGUCUGCACGCCGGACACAAUUCCUAGUAAAUGUGCAGAUUUCAGCGAUUUUGCUUUGGAUACUCAUUCAUCUUAUACUCCUAAGAUCGUAUCUUCCAUUAAUCGCGUACUGCGAAAUUUAGCGGCUAAGAAAGAGCAGCAAGCGAUGCAAAAUGAUUUUUAUGAUCGUGCCCUAAGGUAUUCAACGACUCAAUGGUAUAGUCAGUGGCCAAUGAAUAUGCCUGCUGCAGUUGGUUUAACACCUUUUCAACCAAUUGGACAACCAAAUCAUAUUGACAAGAAGGACCUAGGGCGUUUAGAUUUUGAUAUUGAUGAGUUAUGCUGUCAAUCAUCAUAG